AUGAGUGGGGUAUUCAAUCAGGCAGAGAGUAAAGGAGAGUCUACAGCCACUACUACGCACGACUUCGCAGAGGAGUUCAACAAGCUUGAUACUGACUUGGCAAGAAGCAAACUGGUAUCCCCUAACACAUUCAUUGAUGCCGAGGAGUCGUCCGAACUGGGACUCCCUGACACCACCGGUUCAACCGAUGAUGUUCCCGAGCCGUCUGACCAUGUGCUCUUCACGGACGAGCAGAAGAAGAUUUGGGCAGCAGCUCUGUCUGCCGCGCUGAACGAUGUUGCCCUCAAGGUCAGCAGUCUCUACUCCAGCCGGGACGCAUGGGUCGCGCUUGAGCAGUGCCCGGAUGGCGACAACGCAUUGAACCCCCCGGUCAGCAUCAAGGUUCUGAGAGCCUGGCUCAGAGGGGUGCAUGGCGUCUACACCUCGAUCAACAAGACCCUUGACAAGAUCAAUGACAUGAUCACCAAAGACGAUCAGUAUGAUGAGCCCGAGGAGCUCUCCGCCGCCCGCGUCCAGUUCGAGAAGUGGAGACGGGCCGCUCGGGCCGUGACAAGUUUCCGCAAGGCACCUGUGUACUCUGACGUGCCUUCGGCCUCACCCGUACCCAACAACGCCUCAGCCACAGAUCGUUUGCUUGGACAUCGGCCUGAGGACCUCGAAGCAGGGACAGCUACAGGGGCAAGCGACGAGGGAAACAGGCUGUGGGUUACACGAUUUCAAAGUCUCCAUCGUUGCGCAUACACGGCGGGAAACAGGCCUGGAUAUGCAGUCGGAAACUUUGAGACCACUCAAGACGCGUACAAAGAGUUCUUCUUCCGUGUUGCUGUGCUGAAUGCAGGAUUGGGAGUGUAUUGGGUCGAGGAUUUCAUUCUGGGAGAAGAAGAGGAGGAAGAAGCGGAGGAAGACGAAGAGAAGGACAUCGACCCGGAGGAAACUUUGCCGAGCCCGUCAGAGAGCGUAUGCGACCAAGACCCCCUCACUGUGGCCAUAAAACUGCUCGAGUCAGCGAUACUUGUCCAUGUGGCCAUGGAGGCAGAUGUCCUGGGCGUGGGAGUCGGACCACUCGGACUGGCCCUUGCCGCCAGCGCCAAGAAAGAGGAAGAGGAACGGGAAUGGGACGCAUCACUGGCGAGGAAGCGGCAGAAACUAUCUGCGGACGGUGGUGACUUGACAACUGGCGCCUGA